AGCAGCAACUUCCGGGUUUGCCUUUGCAUCGUAUGGGGCCUGAGUGUUUUUUUUCUCCUAAGGGCUCUUCUCUGGUUGGGAUGAACAGGUGGUCAGCGGGUGCAGGGAGGGUUCACUUACCGGGGCUGAACAUUAUUUGAACAUUCUUCAUGAUCACUAAGCACACAGUGGGAACUGGCUGAAGAUAAACGUUAGCGCAGUGUUUUGUAUAUUGCUGCUUGACAACAUAGCAAAGAUAUUGCUACGAUAGUGCCUGCCCUUUACUAAAACAAUGGCUUUUCAAAGUGUCAUUAAAGGAACACUGCUUCUUGGAGGAGGCGCAGUUGCAACAGUUUUCGGUCUUUCCCAUUUGACAGAUAAGAGGAAAAAGACACACAUUACUUAUGUGCAAGCUGCAGAGCCGGCGAGGAUAGCAGUUCAAAAUGAGCUACCAUCUCGUGAAGCUCAGCUUCUGACGUUGGAAAACACCAAAGAAUUUGAUGUGUUGGUCAUAGGUGGAGGGGCUACUGGAUGCGGCUGUGCCCUGGAUGCUGUCACAAGAGGAUUGAAAACUUCCCUGAUUGAAAGAGAUGACUUCUCUUCAGGAACUAGCAGUAGAAGCACUAAAUUAAUCCAUGGUGGCGUGAGAUACCUACAAAAAGCCAUAAUGAAGCUUGAUAUUGAACAGUAUAAGCUGGUCAAGGAAGCUCUGCACGAACGUUCCAACUUGUUGGAAAUUGCUCCUCAUUUAUCUGGGCCUUUACCCAUAAUGCUGCCUGUUUACAAGUGGUGGCAGUUGCCUUAUUAUUGGAUUGGAAUUAAAGCCUAUGACCUUGUGGCUGGAAGUCAGUGCCUGAAGAGUAGUUAUGUCUUAAGCAAAUCCAAAGCUUUGGAGCUCUUCCCAAUGCUGCGGAAGGACAAGCUUGUUGGGGCUAUUGUCUACUUUGACGGACAACACAACGAUGCACGAAUGAACCUAGCCAUCGCCCUUACUGCUGCCAGGUAUGGUGCUGCCACAGCCAAUUACACUGAAGUGAUACGCUUGCUGAAGAAGACAGAUUUAGAAAGCGGGAAGGAGCGCGUCUGUGGUGCACGCUGCCGAGAUGUUCUAACAGGUAAAGAAUUUGAUGUCAAAGCAAAAUGCGUUAUCAAUGCAACCGGUCCUUUUACAGAUUCUGUACGCAAAAUGGAUGAUCAAAAGAUUUCAAAUAUCUGCCAACCAAGUGCGGGUGUGCAUAUUGUAAUGCCUGGAUAUUACAGCCCAGAUAACAUGGGAUUACUUGAUCCAGCCACCAGUGAUGGACGAGUGAUUUUUUUCUUGCCAUGGGAGAAGAUGACUAUUGCUGGAACUACUGACACUCCAACUGAGAUUACACAACAUCCUAUUCCUACCGAGGAAGAUAUUAAUUUUAUUUUAACAGAAGUACGCAACUACCUCAGCACGGAUGUCGAAGUACGAAGGGGAGAUGUGCUUGCAGCUUGGAGUGGCAUUCGUCCAUUGGUUACAAACCCAAAUUCCACAGACACUCAGUCCAUAUCUCGCAAUCAUGUUGUUGAUGUUGGGGAGAGUGGUCUUGUGACAAUAGCAGGGGGAAAAUGGACCACCUACCGUUCCAUGGCUGAGGACACAAUUGAUGCAGCAGUGAAAUCGCACAAUCUGAAUGCAGGGCCUUGCAGGACAGUAGGGCUUUUCCUUGAGGGGGGGAAGGACUGGUCCCCUACUCUGUACAUUCGUCUGGUUCAGGAUUAUGGACUUGAGAGUGAAGUUGCCCAGCACCUUGCUUCAACAUACGGUGACAAGGCCUUUGAAGUAGCAAAAUUAGCAAAAGUCACUGGACAAAGGUGGCCGAUCGUUGGAAAAAGACUUGUUUCUGAAUUUCCAUACAUAGAAGCAGAGGAAGAACUAGAAACUGCAAAGAAGUUUUUAUACUAUGAAAUGGGAUAUAAAGCUCGGUCUGAGCAACUAACUGAUCGUUCUGAAAUUAAUCUGUCACCUUCUGAUGUGGACAGGUAUAAAAAGAGAUUUCACAAGUUUGAUAAAGACAAGAAGGGAUUUAUCACCAUACUGGAUGUUCAGCGUGUAUUAGAGAGUAUUCAUGUUCAAAUGGAUUCCAAUAAUCUUCAUGAAAUCCUCAACGAAGUAGAUCUGAAUAAGAAUGGUCAAGUUGAGCUGAAUGAGUUUUUACAGGUUUGUAUUCAAUUUUGUCUGAUAUAUUUGCUGUAUUCCUGGAACUAUUACUAAUUUACACAACAAUGUAAGUGCAUUACC